CGACGUACAUCGUCCUAGUGUUCUUUCUCGAGCCUAAAAAAACACACAUAGAAUGUGUGCUUAAAACAAGAGAGAAACCAGAUUAAAAAAAAGAUUAAAAUGGAUUUGGAUGUAAAGAAUUGCGUUUCUUUCUGACGGAGGAUUUUUUUAAGUUACAGUUUUUUUCUGUAGAGGCAAAACGGGGAUUAAAAAAAAGAUCGUGUGCCUAGUGUUUUCACUUAUAUUUGGUACAAUAAUAUAUAUAGAAGGGAUGUUUUAAAAGGAGGGAUUCGUGUUUGGAUUCCACAAGGCGACCAGCGGCGGAGCAGCAAGCAUGGAAAGAAGCUGAAGGGCAACAUUUGUAUCGGAUCGGAGGGGAAAAUUGAUACAAAAAGGUUCGAUUUUGGAACGUCGCGGGCGCCGGGAUUCUAAUUUCAGAACGUCGAGUUACCAGUCGCUUUGGGAGGAAAACUCGCAACGUUCCAUAGGAAGGUGGAAGACAAAUUUAUAAAGAAAGAAAUUUACACGCCGGCCGGGAUAAUCGUUGGGGGAUUUUUUUUCUUUCUCGUUGUUUUAUUAUUUUUUCUUUUUAAUGCUGAAUGUUUUGAGUAAAAUAGCGCCGCUCGGUGAAGAUGGGGGACGCUUAUGACCCAGAGCACCCGACCGAGGCUCAUGCCUCUCCUCACCCUCCAUCACCUGCGAGGGAAGGUUGGACGGAACUGCAGAUGUCGCCUGGAGCAUCGACGCAUCUUCAAGUUCAGUCCACUGGAGAUGUGCUUGCUGUGGGAGAAGACGAGAAUGCAGUUAAGCCAGAGAAUCCAUCGGUAUUGAAUGUUCUCAAGGGUCAAGUGACAAAAGGCUGUAGUCGCUUUCUACCCAAGGGCACCAAGGCAAAAGUCAACCUGGAGGACCAAGGGCGACAGAAAGUGUCUUUUACCUUCAAUGUAACAAAGACCUUACGAAAUAGGUUCCAAAGUGCCAUUGGGAGUGAACUGGAUGAAGUCAAGAUCCCAUCUCUGACAUUGCCUCCGAUUUCGGUGAAAGGGAGCCAGGACAAUAAAAGUGACUCUGAUUCAGCUGAUGCUACUGAGACCACUACCUCACCGCCAAAAUCCAAGGUAGAGUGGAGUAAGGUACAUUUCAAGAAGAAGCAUCUCACCGAUGCAGCUAAACCUGCAGGUUUGCAGGACAGGGAACCAUGCAGCUCAUCAGUGGAGGAGCCUGUGGAUGUAGCUGCCAAGAAGGAUUGUACAGGAGGAACAGAAACUGUGACUAAGGUGGCUGCUGAAUCAAAACCGAAUCUCAGUACAUCCCACAUUGGGAAAGGUGAUAACUUGGAGGAAUUUAAGAAUGUCUCCUCAUCUUCGGAAAACGAUGAGCUUAGGAAGGUUACCCAAGCAGAGGAAGCAGUGCAUGCACAAUCAGCUGGCUCAGAGUCUGAUGGGGAUUUAUUAAGGAGGUCGCAAGAAAUGAGAAACACUGAAUCCGAUCGAGAUGUUAAGAAAAAUCUAAUUUCUUCCAAAGUGGAUGACGUUGAAAAAGCUUUCUCUCAUUCCAAGUCUGAUAGGGAUAAGAGGAGCAGUGGCCGUUCCAAGUUGGAUCGAGAUGUUAGAAGAGCUUCAUCCCGCUCAAAAUAUGGAAGGGAGGAAAGGGUCAGUUCUUCUCGAUCCCGUUCUGAUAGAGACUCGCGGAUACCCUCUUAUUCAAAGUCAGACCGUUCAAGGACAUCUUAUUACCGUGAUAAGGAUCGAGGAUAUCGUAGAAGUUCACCUUACUCAGAAAGGAGCAAAUUUUCACGUUCCAAAUUAACAUCAGAUUUAAGAGAUGCUUCCUCUUGUUCAGAUUCUGAAGAAGAUUCUAGAAGAUAUUAUCCUAGAUCAAAUGAUUUGAGGAGGGCUUCGUUGUGUUCUAAAUCCUAUAAAGACUCUCGGAAGUACCAAUCACGGUCAGACAGAGACCUGAGGGCAACAUCAUCCUGCUCUGAGUCAGAAAGAGAGUCUAAAAGGACUAAAUCUCACUCUAAAUCAGAUAAAAUGUCCAGAGCAUCAGCUUCCUGUCAUGAGUCAGAAAGCUCUAAAAUAAAUUCUCCUGAACCAGAAUUAGAUUCCAGGAAAUUGUCCAAAUCAGACAGUCAUUCAAAGGUAUCUUCACUUCAUACAAAGUCGUCGUCAUCUUGUCAUAAACCGGAAGUAGUUAAAACCAACUCAUCUGACCUGGAAUUAGAUUGCAGGAAAAUCACCAAAUCCGAUGGUCUUUCAAGGACAAGUUCAUCUCAUUCCAAAUCUGUAACCUCUUGCCAUGAAGUCAUAGUAAAGAGGGAUUCCCCUGAGUUAGAAAUGGACUCAAAAUGUUUUAAAUUGGACAGUACCACCAGGGCACUUCCACCUCAUUCCAAGUUAUCUACUUGUGGAACAGCUCAAGGUGACUGCCCAGAGCUAGAAUCAGAUUCCAGAAGCAGUCACAAUCCAGAUAUUAAUUUGAGGAUAUCACCUUUACAUUCUAAAUCAAUUACUAACUGUGAAAUGGAGGUGGUUAAAAUGGAGUCUUCUGAUCCAGAAUUGGACUCUUGGACUAAAAGUAGACUAGAUAAGAAUUCAAUGGUAGCUUUAUCACAUUCUAAGUCAACAACUUGCUAUGAAAUGGAGGUGGUUAAAAUGGGCUUUGCUGAGCCAAAAUUAGACCCAUGGACAAACAGGUUUGACAAGAACUCAGUUGUAACCCAAUCUCAUUCUAAUCCAAUGACUUGCUAUGAAGCGGAAGUAGUUAAAAUGGAGUCCUCUGAACCUGAACUCAAAUUGGACUCUUGGAAAAGCUGUACAUUGGACCGAAAGGUGAGAAUACCUGCAUCUAGUUCCAGGUCCUGUAAAAUGAGGACAUUGCCUCUUUAUACAUCUGACAAGGAAUUAAGGAGGAUUUCGUGUUCUGAGUCAGAAGAUGAAUUCAGAGAGUUUCCUGAACUGCACAAGUCAGGAACGAUACAGACUAUUUCUAGAUCAGAUCAGAUUUGUUCCUCAUUUGAUCACCAGUCGGACAAUUAUGUAAGCACCUCACCAUAUUCCACAUCAGAUUUACCAAGGGUGUUCUGCCACUCAAGAUUCACUAUGGAUGUAGCUGGAAAUUCCCCUGAUUCUAAAUUAGAUAGACCUUUAGCAAAGGUUUCAUCUAAUUCCGAAUCGGAGGAAGAACAGGGAUCUUUACCUCUUUGCGAAGCUGAUUUGAUGGUUUCUUCUCAUUCACAUUCAAAUGAAUUGCUGUCCUUGCCCCAUUUCAUAAUUAAGGAUUUGAACACCUCCCCUCAUUGCAGCUCUGAUGAGAUUAAAUCCUUGGUCCACACAAAACUGGAGCAAUUCAGCACUUGGCACUACUCCAAGGAGAAGGAGAUUUUGCCUUGUCCCAAACAGGAUGAAGCUGCAUCCAUGUCCCAUUCAAAUUCAGAUCUAGCAAGGACUAUUUUGGCAAAUGCCAAAAGUUGCAUAAAUGAAGUUAAGCACAUAGGUGACAAACCAACAGAAACGAGGGAUGUCGAUAGUCGAAGGGAACAACACACCAGUGAAGGAGAUGAAUUGAAGCAAGAUAGGUUAUUUCAGAAUUGCAAAAAUAAACCAUAUACAGAUGUUAGUGACCAGAAUUGGGAUUCAUUUGAGAAGGUUAGAUUGUACACAGAUUUGUCCAGUCACCUUGCUUCCGAAAUGCAGGAGUCUUCAGAAGUGAGAACCCAAAAUCUGUCAAUUAAUAAUGAAGGUACCUCAUUUUCUACCAGGCCAGAUAGUUCUGUUAAAGUAGAGCCAGAGCAGUCAAUGGAAAUCUUUCAAGAUGAUGAAGAGACCGAUGAUGAGAUGGCUGGGGAGGUGGACACUGAAAGACCUUUGAGUGUGACCAACCUGCUGAGCUCAAAUGAAGCAGAGCAUAGUUUAAAGACUUACAGAACCAAAUCUGAUUGUGAUAGUAGCUGCAUGAAGACAGAAUAUAGCAAUGCGAGCUCUGAAAAUGAAGAAGGCUUAGAGGUUGUCAAGAGUAGCAGUGAGCAGGAGAGUGAAGAGAGUGAAACAAGCUCUGAUUCUGAUGAUAGUGGAGUUCCCAGGAACCGUUUGCAGUCUGUUGUGAUCAUUCCCAAGAAUUCUACAUUAACAUUAGAAAAGAGUUCAUCAUCCUCUCCAUCCUCCUCUUCCUCUACCAGAAGCAACCAUCAGGAGAAGAAGCAUUUGAGCAUUGAAGGAGGUCAGAGAGAAGCAGAAGAAAAAUUCUGUCAAGGACAUCAUCAACCAAGCAGUAUUCAACUUGGAAGUGACCCCCAGGAGUUAGCUGGUGGCCAGAUUCACGAUGAAGAAGAAGUUCAGGGCAGCCAGUUAUUCUCCCCUAUAGCAGCAGAGGACCAACCACAGGCCUCUUCAAGUCAGAUCUCCCCCAUUACUGAGGCCUGCAAAAGCAAGAAACAGCAAUUGUCAAGUGACAAGGCAGACAGUACCAGUCAGCCUGAUGGGUUUUCACCGGAACAAAAUCAGCUUCCACGACCAGAUGAAAAACCUGGUUGUGUGGAGUCUCCACAUGUGGAUGGAUCUGCAGAGCAACACCAUCACCAGUUGCUUGGUAGCUACUUGGACAGUCCUGUGUCUGGAGAGAACAUUGCUCAGCCAUCUGGUGGGUUAGAGAAAAGUCUCGAAGAAAAGCCAGACAGUGGUCAGGCCGUGCCUUGGUUGCAACAGCAGGCCCGAGAUGAAGAGUCACUUUGUAGUCCAGAAUAUGUUGUUGACAGCCAUGAUUGGGACCUCUGUCAGCCAGAGAAGCCAAGCAGCAGUUACCAACAACCAGAUAGCAGUUAUGGACUGUGUCUGAAAUAUGAAAAUCAAACAGAAGAAGCAGAUUUACAUGAUCAAAAUAGUUGCUGGCAAGCUAGCAAAGCCAAUUACUGGGAUCCCAGGUUGCACUCCAAGUCAUUGUUGUAUAGCAGCUAUCAGUUGAGUCAAGAUAUUUCGGGCUCCGAUGUUCAAGGGCAGGUGCAGCCUGACUCGAUGACUGAUGACUUUGCAAGCUACGAUAGCUGGGAGGCUGUGGUCCGUGACCCACGAACUGUUGCCAAAGGUGUAAGCUCUCUACAGGCUCAUGAGAUAACCAGCAAUUCUAGUAAGGGGACCACUCUGGUGCUGAAGGCCAGUGACUCAACAGCAGACAAGGAGCCAAGGGCCAAAGGGUCAGAGAAAAGGUUGGAAGAUGAGCAGGGGGACUCCCAGAAGGCGCAGCAAGAGGAUAUGGACACUGAUUUGGAAAGUGAUACCGACACACGGGACUGUGAGCAAGUGAGCACUGAGCUGGAUUCACGUCCCAUGUUGCCCUGCAAAGAAUGGGUCUCACUAGUGUGCAAGAUGGAAGACUUCAAAAACACUCAGUGGUGGAAGGAACAGUCAAAGUUGGGAUUAAUGCCACCUUACUUUGAGCUAAUUGAAGAGAAUUUGUAUUUGACAGAGAGGAAGAAAAGCAAGUCGCACCGUGACAUCAAGCGCAUGCAAUGUGAGUGUUUACUAUCCAGAGAAGACCGAGAGCGAGGAGAGCUGGCGUGUGGUGAAGACUGUCUCAACAGGUUGCUCAUGAUAGAAUGCUCGUCGCGGUGUCUGCAUGGAGAGUACUGUACAAACCGGAGGUUCCAGCGACGGCAGUAUGCUGAUGUGGAAGUCAUCCUUACUGAAAGGAAAGGCUGGGGUCUGCGAACAGAUAAAGAGUUGUCCGUGAAUAGUUUUGUGCUGGAGUACUGUGGGGAAGUGCUGGAUCACAAGGAAUUCAAGGCAAGAGUUAAGGAGUAUGCCCGCAACAAAAACAUCCAUUACUACUUCAUGGCCCUGAAGAAUGAUGAGAUCAUUGAUGCUACUCUGAAAGGAAACUGUUCACGCUUCAUGAAUCACAGCUGUGAGCCCAACUGUGAAACUCAGAAGUGGACAGUAAAUGGGCAACUACGAGUUGGAUUUUUCACAACUAAGACGGUUCCAGCUGGGACAGAGCUAACCUUUGAUUACCAGUUUCAGAGAUAUGGAAAAGAGGCUCAGAAAUGUUUCUGUGGAUCUGCAAAUUGUCGUGGGUACCUGGGUGGUGAAAACCGUGUCAGCAUUCGGGCUGCUGGAGGGAAGGUUAAAUUAAAGGACAAGGAUCGAUCCCGAAAAAAAGACUCUGUGGAUGAAGAACUAGAGGCAUUCCUAGAGAACGGUGACGGAUUGUGUGACUCGAACCAUGUGCUCAGUUUAACCCGGCUGAUGGUCCGCAUAGAGACAAUGGAGCAGAAAUUGACCUGCCUGAAGAUAAUUCAGAACACACACUCGCAGAGUUGCUUGAAGUCCUUUCUGGAAUACCAUGGAUUAUCGCUGCUAUGGAUCUGGAUGACUGAGCUCGGCGAUAGCCGGGCCAACUCCAGCAACAAUAUUAAGUUUCAGACUGAAAUCAUGAAGACCCUGGAACUGCUACCAAUCUCCACCAAGAACAUGUUGGAGGAAAGCAAACUCCUGCCUAUCAUUCAGCGUUGGGCUCAAACGAAGGCCUCAGCUCCCCAGAUCAGCGAGGCAGACGGUUACUCGAGUGAAAAUACCUCCCGUGCACAAACACCGCUGAACACACAGGAUCCAGCAUUGAAGCAGAGCACUGAAGCUGAUACUGACCCCUCCAAAAAACUGGUAAUGAAGAGGCUGAAGAUCAUGAGUGAGAACAGUAUGGACAGUGGCCUUUCUGACACGAGUAAAGCCUCUGACGGAGAGGUUGAGGUCAAAGAAGCGAAGGAUGAGGUUGUUGCUACUAUAGAACCGUCGCCAUGCCUCCCGCUGGACGAGGAGGAGCCGCCAGGCCAGGUGCCGGCUGAUGAUGGGGAGGGCCAAGAGACAGAUCCUGCUUCCAAAACAACCAAUGGGACAAAGCUGGAAGAGGGGAUCUUGGUGGAGACGCCAUCGCAGGACGAAGAAGAAGGCAUUUCUGAUGCAGAGAGCGAGCGAAGCCAAGAGCAACCUGGUAAAAUGGAAGAUGUGAGUGAGCUGGCAAUGAAGCUGCUUGAUGUCUGGAAGGACCUGAAGGAGGUAUACAGAAUUCCCAAGAAGGAUCGAAGUCUAGCAGAACGGGAAAGUACUGAGCGAAGCAGGGAUGGGACAACACAGAAGGAUGUUUCCCAGGCUCCAAAGACACCAGUGAACCUGGGUAAAGAGAAAGAUGCUGACAAGACACUUAGCAAAGAUCGUAAAAAACGUAAACCUGCAACUUCUCCACCUCCGUCAGCCUACGAGAGAGAAGGACUGAAAAGAUCUGUCCCAGAUGAAAGGUACGAUGGUGCAACACCAGCUAAAAAGAAGAAAACCAGAAGUAAACUGUCAACGGAGGAACGCCGGAAGCUGUUUGAACAAGAGGUGGCGCAAAGGGAGGCGCAGAAACAGAGCUUAUACUUGGUACAGCAGCAGCAGCAAAUACAACCAAUUUGUGUUAGCUCGCAGGUGCCUUAUGACUCUGGAACGUACAGCAACUCUCAUACGAGCUUUGCCAGUUACCCACCGGGAUACCCUCUGCAGACUUACGUUGACCCGGUCAACCCAAAUGCUGGCAAAGUGCUCCUGCCAACACCAAAUGUGGAACCCUUGUGCCCUCCGCAGAUGGGCUACGAACACCCGCAGCCACUGUUGGCAGAGUCUGUCCCAGCAGGGCACUCCACGGUUCAGCAUCUAUCACCUCAGGUGGAAGUCCAAGGCCAGCAGUACCUGGCUCAGGCUCCUGUUGUCAUUCCCCAAGACCCAAACGUGGCAGCAAUACAAGGAUCUGGCACUCAAACGACCGGGCAGAGCUAUGGAGUAUGGGAUCCCAACCAGCAGACAAUGGCAGUGCACCAGCAAUAUUCCAGUGGGCAGUCCCAGGCGCCAAUUUAUUACCAGGGACAGCCAUGCCAACCUGUUUACAGUAUAUCCUCUCCUUAUGGACAAACUACUCAGCAAAUCGUCCAGAGUUACUCUCAGUCAAGUCCUGAAUGCGCACAGGGGCAGCAGUGUUUCCUGGCUCACCCACAGGGUGCUGUUUCACAGCCAACAGCAGGAAUGCUCGUGACAUCGUCAGCCCCAUCCUACCAGCAACCUGGGCAACCACAGACUGUACAACAGCCGGAACUGAUAGUUGUCAGCAGUCUUCUCGAUUUGCCACCACCUUCUCCUCCAAAACCGAAGACCAUCAUCCUCCCCUCCAAUUGGAAGACUGCCCGGGACCCAGAGGGAAAGAUUUACUAUUACCAUGUGAUAACCAGGCAAACGCAGUGGGACCCACCAUUAUGGGAUGGAGGCAGCGACGACAUGAGUGUCGGUCAUGAAGCUGAAAUGGAUCUCGGGACUCCUACAUAUGAUGAAAAUCCAGCCAAGGACCCAAUGCUCACUGAAUUACACGGACAGAAUGGGAGCGGAGACGGGACACCUAACUCUUAUAGCCAGUCAUCCAAGAAAAAGCCUAAAACAGCAGAGGCUGAUACCUCAACUGAACUCGCCAAGAGAAGCAAAGAGAUGUUUAGGAAGGAGAUUUCCCAGUUCAUUGUUCUGUGCCUGAAUCCUUACCGGAAACCUGACUGUAAAUUAGGAAGAAUUGUGGCUACAGAGGACUUCAAGCAUUUAGCUCGGAAGUUGACACAUGGAGUCAUGAACAAGGAGCUGAAACAAUGCAAAAAUCCUGAGGACCUCGAGUGCAAUGAAAACGUGAAGCAUAAAACCAAGGAAUACAUCAAGAAGUACAUGCAGAAAUUUGGCGCCAUUUACAAGCCUAAAGAAGAACCAGAUGUGGAUUGAAUAAUAAACCCCUCUCUGUUCCUUCUCCCCAGACCUGCCCUGUCCUUGAGCAAAAACCCAUUGUGAAUCUAUAACCAGCUUCUCAGUCUCCUCAUAGCUAUCUGUAUUAUACUGUUUUAACGCAUAUGUGAAUAUAUUGAGAAGGCAAAGAAACCACUUUCUAGUUAACGACUAGUCCCUGUUCACUCUGACAGUUUUGUUUUUAGAGGGAGGGAGGUUGCAGGGUCAGGGAGGGUCUCAUCAUUCUCCCUCUUUUACUGUGUAAAUACUAGAGUAUUGGUUAGAUAUCAACUCAUUCUGACUGUAUAUCACCGACAGUCAAUGGAAAACUGUCGUACUUUAAAAAAAAACAUUUUACUGUAUUAAAUUUUUACGGACUUUUUUAUGUAAAGAAAAUGUUUAAAAAACUUUUUUGCUUUCAAUUUAAUGUCAGCGAAAAGAGAAAUUGUGACGAAUGUUUUUGGGGAAAAAAGUUUUAAGACUUUUUUUGUUUUUUUUUUAAAAACCUUGUGAAAAAUAAUCUGUGACUAGUACUGACUUAAAGGUUAUUUUCUUUUGUUUGGAUAGUGGGCGAUGGUGUUUAUUCACUGAGCAAAGGUUAUAUAAAAUGAGUUUUAAUUCUGAUCCUUCCCCCCUUCCCCCCCCCUCCCCCCAUCUCCCUACCAGAAGAAUGCAGGCAGUAACCAGGCCAAACAGGGCAAGGAAGGUUCUCUGUUCAACUCCCUCACCCCACCCCAAUAUGUUGUGGGUUAGCUGAUCUCGGCUGCUGUGGAAUGCUUGGGGAAGCUUGUUAGUGUUAAAGGCUCUGUAUUCAAUACUGAUUGGGAAUAGCAAAUGGCUUUGGAUAGCCUUCUUGGCUCACAGUCACUGUCUGGUGAAUCCCCUGUCUUUACGUCGCUCAUUUGCGCGCGCGCACACACACACUUUUCUCCCACCUCCUACCAGAGUGUGAGAUUGAGAAUAGGAGUGUCCUCUGCUCUGAUAUCCCCUGCAGUCAAAUAGGCUUUGGCCACUAACUUAAUCAGAAUGUUGUGUGCUGAAUGGUAUCUCAGGGUGCAGCACCCAUAUAAUUCCUUUGUUAACUUGAAAGAAUAGGAUCUUCAUUAACUUAAUAUUUUUUUACAAGGUGCAGGGAAACCGGAAGGAGCAAUUUUUGUGAGAACAUGAAACUUUACUUCUUUGGAUUUGCUUCCAAUCCUGAGCGAAGUUAUGGACGCCAUCAACAAAACUGGAGUUAGCAAGUCACUUACAAAUCUCUCCCCUACCCCCUUUCCCCGGCCGAUAAUUACUGUCAUGACCUAGGCAAACUUUAGACCAAACUGUUAGCUCUGAUUGGGGCCACAAUGGACCAGGCACUCGUUUUGCUGCUUGUCCGUGGAAGUUGUUGGGUGUUGAGGGAGGGUUUCGAUCAGGUGGCUGGCCCAGGACUCACCCAUUCCUGUGUCUUCCCUUAUCUAGCCACAACUGAAAAUUCUGUCCAAAAAUCCUGGUUAGGCUUGAGUAUUUUGAUACAUGAGCCAAUCUGAUAUUUAAAAGAAUGUGUUUGAUGGUGGAAAUUUUUUUUUAAUUAUUAAUUAAAUUAAAGCGUAUUAUAUGGCAGGGGAUGCAGGAAAUAUGAUGUAUUAAAUAUUUAGUGUCUGGUAGUGAAACCUUUGAUGAAAUCUCCAGUUUGACGAGUGAUUCAAUUCUGUACUAUAAACUGAGAAUUUUUUUUACGAAGCACAGUUCCCCAAGUUUUUUUCUGAAACAAUUAAACUGUUAUGGAAACCAACUUUGCAUUGACACAAGUUAAGGACUGAGGUAGGCUCUUGAAUGUUCUUCCCUCUCUCAUUCAUUCUUUCUUUCUCUCCUCUUCCUCUCUGGGAAAUAAGUUUCAGUGAGUGCUCUCUGGUAAGUGGCUUGUGCGUUUGUAAUUUUACAACUUGCAGAGAUUUCACUUGGUGCUAGGAGCUGGAUAUUUGCAGGGAUGAAUGUUGUGUAUUUUUAAAAGUAAAAAAAAAAUUGUUUGAAAUCCGCCUAGAGUCUUCCUUUUCAAAAAGAACUUUUCCCUUGUUCUUUUGCUAACCAUUUAAGGUUAAAGGGAGGCUCCAAUUGUAGGCAGUGGAUUUUUGGAAAGAUGGAGGGGACAAGGCACAAUGAAGAGUGAGGGAGAGAAAUAGGCAUGACUGCAGAAGAAGCAAUCAAGUACAGAAUCCUGUUAAUAUAUAGCUUGAGUACUUUGAAAGAUAAUAUUAUAAAGAAUAUUCGUACACUGAUCUGUACAAAGGGGUUGGGAGUUCCAUUAAACUUUAAGCUAAAACACUGACCCUUUACAAGAAUGUAAAAGAAAAUGAUGUACAUGUGCAUUUUUCAUGGUUAGAUCGCUGUCGGCAACCUUAUGUUUUCUAUGUUUAUAUAGCACACAUUUUCUCAUUGCUGUAUCAGCUUUAUAUUAUAUCUGCUGUUUCCAUGACUGUACAGUAUCUCGUUUAUAUUCAUCAGUUCUCUGUUGUAUUCACUGCACACUCCUGUGUGUAUGUUUACAUUCUCAGCAUGGUUUUCUUUAUGUACUGGUUAACACCCCCCCCCCCCCCCCCCCCACUACUGUCGCUUGUUGUCUGCUCUGUGCUCCUGUUUCCUCUGGACACAUACUCUCUACUGUUUUCCUUCCUUGAAUGUACCCCGCUGUCCCUGUGUACCCUCGCCGCUGUCCCUGUGUACCCUCGCCGCUGUCCCUGUGUACCCUCACUGCUACCCACCAUGCAUUCAAAUGUUCUUUUCUAUCUGGUCCAUCUCUCUUAUGUCCUUUAUCCACAUGGAAUGAUUUCUUUCUGCUCCUCCUGGGGGUUAAUCUGCAGUUGCAUUUUCUUGCUUUGGUUUCUCCAGUGUUUUUUCUGUUCUCACCUUUUUUUUUCUGUUCUCACUUUUUUUUUCUGUCCUCACUUUUUUUUUUCUAAACUGUAUUCUAACCCAUGUUUCCACGUGGCUGUAUUUUUCCGAUUCUGUUAACAUCCUUAAAUCUCCUGUGUGCCCUCUCUAGUAUAACUACAUCCUUUCUGUAAUGAGGUGACCGGAACUGCACACAUUAGUCACGUUGUGGCUUAACUAAUAAUUUAUGCAGUUCACCCUGCUCAGCUAUUACCUUACCUUGAGCUAAUAAAGACAAAGGUGCUCUGUGCUGCCUUCUGCACCUUAUUGAUCUGGGAUCUUUACCUUUAAAACAGGAACUAAGCAUGAGUAGGUUAUUGACCCCUUUGAAUCUGUCGGCCAUUUGAUAAGACCAUGGCAGAUCUUCGAUCUCAAUGCAAUAUUCCUGCUUUUAAAGCUAAAAAUGUCUAUAUUUCUAUGAUUGGGCUACAAUAGCCUCUGGACAGCAAAUUCACAGGUUCACUCCCUUCUUCCCUCAUCUCAGUCCUAAAUGGUCUACCCUAUAUCCUGAGAUUGUCUCUCCUACUUUGACAGUUCCCUUGCUAUUUUCCCAUUAAUUGAGUUUUUUUUUUGGCUCUGUUUGACUUUCCCCACUGCAUCACCUCACCCUGUUUCAGGUUGAAUUCUAUUUACUUUCUGUCACUUGACCAGUCCAUUGAUACCUUCUGCAGUUGACAGAUUUAUUCCUCACUAUCAGCCAUGCAGCCAAUAUGUGGGUCAUCUCUAAAUGUGUUGAUGUCCCCCACAUUUACAUCCGAACCCAUUAAUAUGUACAACAAACACGAGGGCAUCUUAUACUAAGCUCUGUGGAAGCCCUCAGCUUUGCAGGUCCUAAAAACACCCAACAAUUCCCCUGCUACUGAGCUAACUUGUAUCCAGCUUGCUCCGUUCCCCUGCAACCUAUGGGUUUUUUUUUUAAACCAGACAGUUGUGUAAACCUGCGCUGUAUUAUCUCCCUACCUCUUGCUUCAAGGACACUCUCCCCAGCUCUAACUUCUGGGCUCGCCCUCUCCUUCAGGCAGUUCCCUUUUUUGUAAUUGGGCACUCUCUCCGGAUUGCAGUUUAUUCUCCCCAUCCUAGAGUGCUGUCUCUAUCUCUGUCUGCCCCAGAGCUCACUGUGUUCCUGAGCGCGUGCACGCUUUCUCUCUCUUUCUGACCCCCCCCCCCAAUUCUGUCGUGGUGUUCCUGACCAUCUGUCUCUUGACUUCCUCUGUCUGCGUGUGCUCUCUGCGCUUCCUUAUGGUCACUAUCUCUGCCUCUGUUAUUUCUCUGUGUUUCCUCUCCAUUUUUUCCUCUGCAUUUCUGCAUGUCACAAUCUCUUCCUGAGUGCUCUUGGUCACUUCCACCCCUUUCUGCUUCCACCUCUCUCUGCUUCACUCUGACUAUUUUUCUCUGCCUCUGCACCCAUUCUGCUAUGCUUCUCCCACCUGGCUUUAUGCUCUCUAUGUCCUCACUCUCUGCCUCUCCAUGCUCUCUUUUUACCACUUUAUUCACUGUUCCUCUGUGCUUGCUCGCUCUGUGUUCUCUCUCUGCCUCUCUCCCUUCCUUGCACUCUCUCUCUCGUUUCCCCUUGCACUCUCUCUCCCCAAUUCCCCCCACCCCGUCCGCCUCUGACCUUACUGUAUUCUUGUACCUUAUCUGUCUCUGUGCCCUCUGGCUUCUGUACUCAGUGAUCACACUACCUCUCUCUGUGCCAUUUCUCCCUUUGAGGAGAAAGUGAAGAAGGGCUUAUGCCCGAAACAUUGAUUCUCCUGUUCCCUGGAUACUGCCUGACCUGCUGCGCUUUUCCAGCAACACAUUUUCAGCAUUUCUCCCUUUCUCUACCCACUCUCAUCCCGUGUCUUUCACCUCUGUCUGUGUCCUCUCGCCCCUUCUCUGUGACCUCUCUCUACUAUUCUCUGUUUUUGCUUCCAUACUUCUCUCUGCCUUUAUGUGCUUACUUUCUCUUGCUCUGUCUGUGUGCUCUCACUCUCUCCAUUUCUGUGCACUCUUCCUCCUGUCACCCUCCACUUGUGCUGUCUGUCUGUCUCUGUCUCUGUGCUCUCUGCCACUAUUUUCCCUAUGGCUUCUUUAUUUCUCCCAAUGAGCUCAUUAUCUGUCUGGAAUUCUCAUGGUGUAAUGUGUUCACGGCAAUUUUGGCGGAACUUCUGAACUGUGAGCCCAGGGUGUGCUCAACAUAAUAUCAGCCACUUAACAGGCUACAACUCACUGUCUAUGAUCUUGAUUAGUGCCAGAAGUCUGCUCCUCUGUUCUCUAUUUUUCCUCUCUUACUCAGUAUCUUUGUGCCUUGUCACUUUGUCUCUUUGUAAUGUGCAUGGCAAUUGUAAGAAUGGAGUAGAGUUUAAGUUAUAGGUUAGCAAUUCAACUUGUCUGCUUUUGCCAUUGGUUUAAAACAUGGCCACAAUCAAUAGUUUCUUGUUAAAGGGUGGACAGGAAACCUGGUGUGCAGGUUUUAUUUUAACCAGAAUUAGGUAAAAUUGGGCAGUUUUGGUCUGCGAUUUCGGAACAAAGAUAAUGUAAGAUUAGAUGUGGAAUGGAUAAAGAAUGGAUACCAGGUUUGGACUAAAACAAAAAGAGGUGUCAACAGCAGCUGCUAAAUCCUUCCUACAGGUGGAAGAGAGGACUCGGAUGAAUUUACAAAAGAUUUCAAAAGCCAGGUUGAUUAAAUGGACAAACUAAAAGUUCCAAUGAAAUGUCACUGGACCUGAAAUGUUAACAACUUUCUCUUCACAGAUGUUUUUGGACCUGUUGUGUUUUUCCAGCAAUUUCUCUGAAACUAGAAGUGGAAAUGGCUGCCAAGGCUCAGAAGGUAGCACAGCAAUUGGGCUAAAUAGGAAUACAGGAGAGAUCAGGUCUCCAGUUAGCAAGGCAAAGAAAUAGCUGAUGAAAUAGUUGAUUAGCUGGAUUUAAUCUUCCAGUUCUUAAUCCGUUCUGAGAAAUUUUCUUUAGCAAUUUUUCAAUUCACUAUAUCUCAUACUCUAAAAGAGAGGAGACAGAAAGCAGGAGACUUACUUAACAUUAGCUUAACAGUGUCAUAGGGAAGAUGUUAGAAGCUAUUAUUAAAGACAUUAUAAUAGCACACUUGGAUAAGUCAAUCGUAUUUAACUAAUUUGUUGGAGCUCUUGUAAGAAGUAAUUUGUGUUGUAAAUAAAGGAGAACCAGAUGUAUUGUA